AUGGCCUCCAAUGGCAAAGGUUCUGUGGGAAAGCGAUCCAGCAUAGCGCACCAGGCAGAACUAACCGAAAGGUCCCAACAGAAGCAGCCACAGCAGAAGGACCACCUGCAACUGGAGCAACCGAAGCAGCAUCAGCAGCAACGGCACGAACCACAACAGCAGCAGUCUCAGCAACAACUGCAAAGGACGCAAGAACAACAGCAGAAGCUACAGCAACAACAUGAUCAACAGCCUCAGCGACAGCAGGAGCGUCAUCGUCAAACGCAGCAACAGCCGCAGCAGCAAGCGCAGCAGCUGUCUCAACAGCAAUCUCACCUGAAGCCUGAGCAACAGCAGAUGGAACAACGACAACAGAAACAGGGGCAGCAACCAUCGUGGCAGCAGGCUCAGCACCAGCCUCACCAAAUGCAACAAGAAGAGCGACACGAGCAGCAACCACAUCAACAACUGCCACGCAGCUGCCUGAAGCGCACGUCAACAGACAAGUAUCUCUCAGUGUCCGACACCAGACAACUGGCGCGCACAACAGCCACCAGCACAAUUAGCCAGCGAGAUACGAAGAGAAGCCGCCCAAUUAAAGGAGCUAGGGUGAGCUUAUUUUCUUCAGCUUAA